GCUAUUUGAUGCGCGCAUCAGAUGAAGCAGCCAAUGCUGAACAGGAAGCAGCUUUUAAGAAUCUUCCCUCUGCCGACAUGAAGAUGCUAAAUUUGGCGCAUUCCUGGCUCUCCCUGUUGCUGCCACACUGCCUGGCGAAGAUCGAUCGAGUCUCCUUUGGCAUCAUGACCACUGAGGACCUGAGUCGAGCCUUGGAGGUAGAUCCCAACAUGCCGUUGUCCCGAGGCAAGCUGGCCAUUCCCUUUAUUGGGAAAGAUGUGCCAUCGCCGACCAACGAGUUCGCGCAUCCGGACAUCGUUAUCGGUUUGACGAUUUUGGGCUAUCGUUAUGAACAGCUCCGGCUGACUGACAUCGAUGAGGUUAUGGUGAGACUCUUGAACGAUGUACGAAAAGAACCAGGUCGACCGCAGGACCGGCCAUCCGCAGUGUUGUAUCGUGGCUGGGUCACAGAUGCUGGUGGUUUUCUUUGCGACCCCUCCGUGCCUGAUGAGGACAAGGAGAAGCCCAAAAAAGGAGGGGUUCCGCCCUUGGCCUUGGUGCAACGCUCCAACGAGCAGCAGAUGAAGGACAUCUUCAAGCUUCUGCGAGCAUCUACAGCAGUCAUCCAGUGGUACUUGGAACAGCUCGUGUUCCCGAAGUACAUGAGGUUUCAAAACAAGAAGCUCUCAGCCAGUGGGCAAGAACUUGGCGCCGAGAUGUUGUUCGCUCGUCGCGUUGGCUUCAGUGGAACCCCCACGGAGUUGCUUCCCAAGGGCUUGGGCCGCUGCCACUUUGCGCCGGGAGAUGAUGCUGCCAUGUUCACCACUCUCACCGACCCCGGAGUAAUGGCCCUGAAGCAGAUGGAUGGUGCUUGGACUGUCAACAGUUUGCUGGAGAAUGUGAUUGCAGAGGAUGCAGAGGCCCUCAUUGACACUGGAGCGUUGAUCACUGGCAUGUCCAAUAUGGAGGUGGCACAAUUCCUAGCGUCUCACAAGGAUUUCAAGAAGCAGGCGGUGGUUUACCUCAACGAAGCUGAUGCAAAGAUGGUCUAUGUGCGAAAGACGAAAUCCAGCAUGAAACUGGAGGAUUGUGGCAUCCCCUUGUCAGAGCGCUUCGCCUUCUAUGACCAGGUUCAUACAACCGGUAUGGACAUCCAACACAAGCCAGAUGCGCGGGCAGUCCUGACAUUGGGGAAGGAUAUGGUUUGGCGGGACUACUGUCAGGGCGCGUAUCGUAUGCGCGGUAUCAACAAGGGACAACGCCUGGUGGUCUAUGCCAUUCCGGAGGUUUCGAAGCUCAUCGAGAAGUCAUUGAUGGACGUGCCCAUUUCCAACGACAACAGGGUGGGUUUGGUGCGUGUAGUCGCUUGGUUGGUAAUCAAUGGCCUGCGGAGCGAGCGUGUUCAAGCUGGAAUGUUGAGGUCGCAAGAUUCUCACACCUUGUGGAGAAGGCCAGCCUUCAACUGGCUUCAAGAACAUUCGGAAGAAGCACAGACCGAAGAGGCCAAGAAACACCUUGACAUCUUCGAGGAUGAUUACAGUGAACCGAGGCCAAAAAGCUUAGCAGAAGCGAUUGAGGAACGAGCCAAGGACAAGGAUAAGCCACGUGGCAGCCACGUGCUGAGGCUUCUGGGAAAGGAGGAUUUGGCCAAAUUGAAGCGACUCAUGGGUGUUUCAGCCGAAGCAGAACAGGUAACAGUCAGCACAGCUGACCAAGAGCAACAACAGGAACAGGACAGAUUGUGCCGCGAAGGCUUCCAGCGGGACAACGAGCGUCCCUAUCCCUGGAGCUUCGACUUGCUGACCAAGGGGCAAGAGGCUGCAGUCGGCUUGGACCGUGAGCGACCUUUCUACCAGGCUUCGCGGAAGUGGUGGCAAGCGCCACAGGCGAAACAUUUCCAGCUCUACAAGAAGCAGCCGUUGAGCUUCCCCGACGACUUGUUGUUGACUAGGAUGUUGGAAUGGAUCCCACGCUUGGGAGACUUGCGAGAAAGUCGCCACGCAGAGGCCUGGAGCCACGAGGAAGAAGCGCAGCUACUGGAGAUCUGGCAGAUUCUCACGAAGGACGCAGCCAAGGAAGAUUCUCAAAUACAACGUGCCAGCGGCCAAAUUGAUGGCGGAAUGCUCAAGGACCUGCAGAGUGCUUUGCAUGGUUUGCCCGAGCCUUCAAGCCAUGCUGCUUUCCUGGCCGAUUUGGCCAACCACGGCGGUGAGCUUCCAAGUGAGGCAGGACGCCUUGCGAAGGCCAAGGUGGGCUUCGCUUGCUUUAGAUCGUUGCUGGGAGCACAUCGCUGGCCUGCAACGGAGGCAGGGCGGCUCUACAUUCUGCUGAGCUUGGCUGAGGCAGAGACAGUGCGGAAGGUCAUGCAUGCACGUGCUUCAGAGAAGCCCGAAGGCUAUGCGUUGUCUUUACGCGCAGUGGGGCAGGGCACUGGACGAACUUUGGACUCCACUGCAGGGCCAUUUCCAGAGCCCAUGGAUCAUCAGCUGUUGAUGGCCAUGCAGGCUGCAAGAUUCUUGGAUUGCCAGACUUACUUUGAGGACCAUUGCAUUCCCCUAAUCUUGCGGGGCUUGAUGCGCGAUGCGGCUUUCCGCCGGCGGAAGUGGUUCGAGGCGGCUCAGAGCUGCCGCCGACGUUUCGGGCGCUGGCAGGAGCAGCCAGUGGCAGAGGUGUUGACCUUGGACUCCGAUCUGAGCUUCUUGGAAGAGGCCAGUCUCAGCGUGACCUUGCGGGAAGCUCUGAGCGGGAAGAACCUUAGUAUCAGAGCCGCUUUUGAUAUUUUUGAUGCGGACAAGAACGGCUCUUUGGACAUGGUAGAGACCUGGGCAGCGCUGUAUCACUUGGGCCUGCGUGGCAUCUCUGCUGAUCAGGUGGUUCGAUUCUUCGAUAUCAUGGACGAAGCGAAAGUUGGGCGCGUGGGUUUCACAGAGUUCCACAACUUCGUGGAAGCAGCUGUGCAGGAGAAGUCUCACCAUAUUCGCUUGGAAGAGAGCAAACCGGAGAAAGGCACGCUGGCGCUCCCUCCUGCACCCAUUGCUCUUCGGCGCAUCAUUUCCAGCGAGAGCCCUGUGGCCCACGGCAUGCCGCCACUGUUUCGACAAACUUCGCCUACAGUGCCAGAGGAUGGGGCCUUGCAGCUGCCAAUGCAGCCACCAGAUCUGGCACGACUCACCUCAGCAGCACCCGGGGCGCCCGGGGCGCCCGGCGCGCCGGUCUUGGGGCGAGGCGGAACAGUGCCACCUCAAUUGGGAAGACAUUCCUCGUUCCAGGCGACAUCGACGCUCUUCUCAGAACCGCGCUUCAAAGAGGAGUUGGAGUUGGCCAAGUCCACCUUUGCUGAACAACAACGGGAGAAGGAGGCAAGCCAUGAGCAGCUCUACUCCCGGGAGCUGAAGGUCAUCGAGGAGAAACACGAAGAAGAGGAAGAGCGCAUCAUGGGAACGAACCCAUCUCUCUCAGAGGCAGGUGAUGCGGCUGAAUGGUCGUUCCAACGCUCACGGCUACCCAGAGGCUCUCAGACCGUGCCACAGUAUCGCUGCGACUUUGAAAUUGAUCCCGACUCUCUGGUGCCAGACAGGAAGCGAUGUAUUCUUCAGGCUGGAGCCUCCUUGGAGCUGCACUUACCUCGUGGCCUGGUGACCUCCAGCGCUCAUCGUCCAGCUCUGGAGGCGUACAGCUUGACGCUAUUUCUUCAGCUCCCCACGGAUUGGGCGCCAACAUCUGGGCAGGUCACUCCACUGCUGGAGUUUCCCAGAGCAGAGGAGGCCAUGUGGGGCGAGACGAGUGCCCAGUUGGUGCUGCUCCAUGAUGGCACCCUGGCGCUUCGCUCCACCGGGGAUGAAGACUUCAAAAUCAGCGCAAAGAAGGAAGAGGAAGAGAUUGAGAAGAAGAAGCAGGCUCAGAAGGACUUGGAAAAGAAACGGAAGGAAGCCAUCAAAGCUGCCAAGAAAGCAAAACUGAAAAAGGAAACCUCUGACGCGGAGAAGAAGGAGAAAGCCGAAGCAGAGGAAGCAAAGGAAGCAAAGGAAGCAGAGGAAGAGAGCAAAGAAGAAGGAAAGAAGGCACAGGAUUUGCAAGUGACAACAUGUGACAUUUGA